AUGGUACUACAGUAUGAUGAGAGCGUUCGCAACCUGCUGUAUCGGAGAUCAUGCCAAUACACGCAGGGUGAGCGCUCUGGAGGCCACGUCGAGGAGGCCGCCGACCUCGUCGAGAGGGUGAAGAGCUUCGCGAAGCGGUAUCCUGGUAGUAGGACAGCUCAGGCUUGCAGAGCUGAGGGGGGAUGCACUCCCGACGCUAUCGCUGAAGCCAUCCGCUCGACAUGUCGGCAGGCGAGACGCGACCUGUUUGAAGACUCUCUGAGUGAAUGGAGCUCAGAGUCGAGAGCAUGGUUUAUUCAACAGAUGGAGGAGGCCAAGAAGCAGAAUGUCGAGACAUACAUCGGCACAGAAGGCACCGAGGGGACCUCCUUCAUCUCCAUGACUCUCCUAGGGAUUUCCUCGAUGUAUGUUCGACAAGAAGAAAAGUUGAAAUCGAAGCUUAUGGAGCUAGGUCUCAUGGUAGACUCAGUCGAUGGAGUCGACAAGGCCAUCAUGUGGAAAGCACCUUACAGACCUGAGAUAGCACGAGCAGACGACAUCUCAGUCACCGUCUCCUUCCUUCGGAAUGAAGCAGCCAUGGAGCUAUGGGAAGGCAGGAAAGAAUACUGCAUAGAAGGGAGAGCCUUCCGAGCCACAGAGGUGAGCAUUGCACACGACCGGUCGUUCAAGCUUCGAGCCAAGCGAGGACCUUGGGGCAAGGGAGGGAGCCUUGCCGAGCUAUCGCAGCUCUUAGCUCUCGGAGGAAUGUCGACGGCUGAGAUCGCUCAGAUUUAUCGAUUUCAGCUGCUCUCGCAAUCUCUUGCAGCCGCAGAGGUACAACCACUUGCAGGCAUGCUCGUGCAGGGUCCUGGGCAGAGAGUUCGCAAGGGGCCGAGCCAGAAGACGUAUGUCUCUGUUGGGGCAAGUCCGGGCACUCUCCAGCAAAAAGAGAUAGAGUGGGUGAUGAGCUCGCCUUCGACGACAAGACAGGAGCAGACCUUGGCCUAG